CUUAUGUAAAUUAUUCCUUAUCUAUCCAAAUUCGUCUUCUUGAGUGAAUUUUUAAAGCGAAUCUCGACAAAACUAGCUCUCAAAAGGGGUUUUGGGAGUUACCUUUUGUUUCUCAGAUUUUCCCACAUUUUCUUGGAAGUAACUGAAAUGGUGAGAGGAAAGAUCGAAAUCAAGAAGAUUGAGAACGUGACAAGUAGACAAGUCACGUUUUCGAAGCGAAGGAGUGGUCUCUUUAAGAAGGCUCAUGAGCUUUCUGUUCUAUGUGAUGCUCAAGUGGCAGCUAUGAUCUUCUCUCAGAAAGGAAGAUUAUAUGAAUUCGCUAGCUCCGAUAUCAGGAACACGAUAAAGCGAUACGCUGAGUACAAGAGAGAGUAUUUUGUUGCAGAAACUCAUCCUAUAGAGCAAUACGUGCAGGGGCUAAAGAAGGAAAUGGUGACAAUGGUGAAAAAGAUUGAAGUGCUUGAAGUCCAUAACCGGAAGAUGAUGGGACAAAGUUUGGAUUCUUGUUCGGUAAAAGAACUUUCAGAGAUAGCCACACAGAUAGAGAAAAGCCUUCAUAUGGUUAGAUUAAGAAAGGCUAAGUUAUAUGAAGAUGAGCUACAGAAACUAAAAGCCAAGGAGAGGGAACUCAAGGACGAGAGAGUCAGGCUUUCUCUAAAGAAAACAAUUUAUACUCACUUAUGCCAGGUUGGAGAAAGACCAAUGGGGAUGCCGUCGGGAAGCAAAGAGAAAGAGGAUGUUGAAACUGAUCUAUUUAUUGGAUUUCUGAAGAACCGACCAUAA